CCUGAUAGCGUCGCGCUUACCCCAUAAGGUAUAGUACGUUGAAUCUGGUAAGGCUGGGGGCCAGUGUGGGGCCAAGGGAGGGCCACCGUAAAGGGCCGCCCAGGGCUGCCGCCCGGUGCCUACAACAUUUCUGCGCCUUGCUGCUGCCUUCACCCCCGACCCGCCCCUGCUGCGCUCGACCUCACACCUUUCACCUAACACUCGACCUGAAAUCUUCCAUCUUACGCCCACCACGCCUGUGACAGUCCCGCUCCCGAGGGCAAGGCGGAUGGGACAGAUGGGACAGAGAUGCGGACCCCAUGUGACAGUCAGCUUCGCGCUGUCUCUCAGGAUGCGUCCCUUUACCUUUGUACAGAUACCUUGAUAGGAGCAAGCUAACAAACCGUAAUGGGAAGGCCUUUCAUCGAUUACUCUGAAGAAGAUGCCGACUCAUUAUCGUCGCGCGACUCGCAAGAAUGGCUCGCAGUAGCACGCGCAGCACUAGCUGAAUCUGGAUCUGAUGAGAACUUGGAUGAAGUAAUCGCGUACCUCGGCAGCCUUCGCCGACCAGCCUGGAAGCCAAAUGAGGGCGAUGUCCCAGAAGGGGGUCUCAAGCUGUUCGACUCUAAGAUUGGUGGCCUGCCCUACCUUCUCCCCGAUGAGGAGUGGCCGACGAAUAACGGCGACGGCUUGUCGUUCCUGUGGCAGUUCCGGCUGCAGGAGCUGCCAGGGCCGGUGCGGGCGGCGCUGGGGCACAGCUCAGGGCUGAUGCAGCUGUUCAUUAGCGAGGCCCUGGACGAGGACGAGGGGCAGUGGUACCUGUUGCGUGUGGUGACGGAGUCGCAGCUGCAGCCGCGCGACCCGGCGGACGUGGCGGCGCAGCUGCCGCACGAGCACUUCGAGCUGUACCCGGAGAAGGCGGUGCUGGGCUUUGACCGAGUCAUGGACUGCCCCUGCUCUGAGGACGCGCUGUCGGACCUGCCGCCGGGAGUGGACGACCAUCAGGCGGCCGUGGUGCUGGACCGGCUGUCAAGCGCGGGCCUGUACGCCACCCAAUCGGGCGACAAGCUCAUGGGCUGGCCCAACUGGUGCCAGGGGCCGGAGUGGGCGAAGACGGGGGCGGGGCAACGCUACCUGCAGGUGGUGCAGGUGGAGGGCACGCUGGUGCCGUUUGCGGUGGGCGACAGCGGCACGCUGGUGCUGCAGCGGCACCCGACAGACGUGGCAACGUGGGGCAUAAGCUGGGCGUGCUGCUGAGGCGGUCGGGGGGGGGGCUGCAGGAGUGGGUAGGGGAUAGGGCGAGGGGGCCGGAUGCAAGUAGGCAGGCAGUAGUGGGGCAGAACGCAGGUGGUCACGGUGCAACGGUUCCAGACUGUCACGAGGUGACUGCGGCGUCAUGGCAGCUUGGCAGUGAACACAUAUGUUUGGGUACGAGCAGCGUGCAGUGGCCAUGGCUGUGUGCGCGCAAGUGAAUUCUAACACGGUUUGCUCAUGGUAUAGCGAGAAGCAUGGGACCAUGUGAGUCGUUCGAAUAUUGCGCAAAUGAAGCAUGAAAGCAGGUAUUGUGCAAGCAAGUUAUCAAGAAUGGACAUCCCGGGGUAGCGCAGCAAGUACUGUCUGGCCCGCCCACGUCAUGGGCGUGCGAUGGGACAGUUAUAAGGCAGGUUGGUGAAGUCCCGUUGGGUGCAGCAAACCCCAGCAGAUGGCAAACAAUUUGCAACGGCAGAGCAGGAGCCCACGUCAUGGGCGGGGCAGUACAUUGUAGGACUGGAGGGUGUUGCCCAAGGCUGUGCUGCUGGCAAUGGGCGGGCUAGCUGAUAAGCUGAGCAAAACAAGCACCCGCAGUAAGAGGGACAAGACAGAACGGCUGAUGCUGCAACCAGCAGCAGCUGUGGGAUAAGAGGUGUCUUUGACACCCGGCACUCCGCGCCACUCUCGCCGCUAUAAUAGUUCGUCGGGUGAACCUGCGUUCUCCGGCACAUACACUUCGCUCCGGAAGAAGUCAACAUUUCCUGGAAGUGUGAGGCGGAACGAGUCAGGCUGUGAUGCUUGCUUGCAGGUCGGACUUUCAGGACAAGUAGGAAGAUGUUGUAACGCUGCGGCAUG